UAGGCUGGAGGGACAUUUAGCGCCUGGCACUGAUGGUGGUGACAGCUUGGAUGUAACCAAGGUGGCCCAGGAGCCCCUAGAGCCCUCCGUGGGGACAGCUCUGUGCCCACCCAGGGCCUCUGCUUCCUGCAAGCUCCCUCAGGCGUGGCCUCAGUACUCCUAUGACACCCUGUGUGACUUCUGGGUAUUUCUUGGCCUCUCUGGGCCUGGUUCUGGGCCUCACCAAGAGCAUGAGGGGUUGCCCUAGAAGACCCCACUCGCGGCCCCUGUCCUUCCCUGGGAAAGUUGGGGCAAGGAGACCACAGCCUCUGCCUACGAGAGGGGCCCUUGGGAUCUGAUCCUCCUGGCUCCAGCCUUGGAGUCUGAGCCCCCAGCGUGGGCUAAGGCUGCCCGGGGCCUUGGGGACAAACAGCCUCUCAGCAGGAAGGUGUGCUGGUCAAGAGGGCAGGGCCUGGAGGGGGGCUGCUUCGAGUCCUAGCUCUGUCCCUUCCUGCGGUGCAGCCUGGGGCACGUGGGCUUGCCUCUCUGGUGUGAGGCUGAACCACUGGGGCAGGGACGUGGACGAGGGCACGGGACUCAGGGUCACCGGGCCACCAAACACUGCCUGCGGCAGGCUGGCUUUCCCCGGACACCCAUCGCCACUGCAUGGGUGCUGUGUUUGGCCGCGCCCAGGCUUGGUGGGAGCUGCUUUGCAAGACCCUGGGGGCAGCUGCUCCUGCCUGUGAUCCCAGCACUCGAGAGGCUGAGGAGGAGCAUCACCACGAGUUCAAGGCCAGCCUGGGCUACAUACCGCAAUGUGGGACGCACAUGGCCACCAACACCUGCUUCACAUGGGCGUCAUGGGAAGGCGGCAGCAGAAACACGAAUCCGGGGCAAAGCCUUGGAAGGGUCCCGGGAACCCACAGGGGUCCUUGGGCCACACUUGGAGAGCCGCUGUGCUCCCCCAGCGGGAAACACCCCAUCCCACCAAAGCUGCUGCUGACCCUCCAGGAGUGAUGGGCCAGGUGAUGACACAGCACAGGCUGGAUUCCAUCUCUGCCACUGCCUGCCUGUGUCCUUCGGCAGGUCCCUUAGCUUCCUUGUGCCUUGAUUUUCCCAUCUGUAAAAUGGGGAUAGCAAGACUCACUGUGGGCUGGGUGGAGCACAGUGUGAAAUCAGAGGGUCUAGUCACAGCAGUGCUUCAUCCUCUCAUGCUCCUUCCUGCCACAGGGCCUUUGCAGAGGCUGCCGUGCCUGUUGAAACCUCUUCCCACCAGGCAGCGCCAGCGACUCCUCCUCACUCUCAGCUCAAGUGCUGCCUUCCAUGACCUCUCUAAAUGGCCCACAGUCAUCGGAGGAUCCAGGGAGGAUGAAGUGUUUCCUGAAGGCUGCGAGCCCAACUGCUCCUUUGCCCUUUGCCAUGGCAGCUGGCUGACAGAAUAUGCCCCUCUGUCCCAGAGUCCUGCUGCCACUCUCCCUCCAGGGGACGCCUCGCCCCACCCCCAAGCCAGCCUCAUGCUCAGCUGCACCAUCACUCCCUAUUCAGCACCCCACCCCUGCCCCCCAGGCAGUGAGUCCUCAAAGGCCCAGACUCCUCCUCCAUCUCUCUGCUGCUUUAGGACCAGCGCUGCGCCCAGCCCAUGUUAAAACACGUAGAGCGAUUCUAGCCUCAUUCUGUUCACAUGAGGAAAAUCCCUUAGAAUGUGCACCUACCGCACCAGAACCUUCUGUCAACGGAAGGAGAUGACCGAUCUCUGCUCUCUGCUUGGAUUCUUCUGACCAAUUCUCAAGGGCCCAAAGUAUUUACCGAAUUUUUUUAAGUGUUUGUUUUUCUGAUUUUGACAACAAUACAUGCUUGUUGGAAAACUA